AGCAUCGUCUGAUUCAACAUUCACUUGAGUUUUUGAUGUAUUCAUGAUCGAUGUAUUUUUACCUAAAACAAAUCGCCAUGUCUGUUCUCUCUGAACAUCUGUAGAAACCAACCUAAUGAAACGAUCAACAAAUUUCAGCAAGUGUUGUAUGAAACUGACUAAACAAUUUGCAUUGCCUGAUUCCAAACAGGCAAACUUUUUUUUUUUUUUUAAGUCUUGCUGGCAUGUAAAUUAUGUGUUAAUACUAAAUAAAUAAGUCAGUAUGUGCGUAAGCCUAAUGUUAGAAGUCAUUAUAUACUAACAGCCUCAUAACAAGUGAGUAUAUGGUUUAUACCUGUAUAAAGCUUCAAUUAUACCAAUCUAUUGUCAGCACACUAACAAGCAUUGCAAAAGAAGUUAAAUUGUGAAGAAAAGCACCAACCUGGAGCAUAUUAUAUUUAUUCCAAAUCCCCCAGGACAGGAAUCUGUGCACUUACAGUUAGAGUUACAUUUAUUUAUUUGGCAGAUGCCUUUUUUUCCCCCCAGAAGUAAAGCAGAUAUAAUGGAAGCAUCUCUCACUUGGGUCACUGGUUAUGCCUUUGCCCUAAUGGUCACCUGAGGAAGCUGAUGGCAUAUGGUGGGAGUUACAGUUGAGCUACUCUCCAUAUGCAGCUUCACUGCCUUAGGCCUCUGUUUGGUGUCACUGUUUUUACUCUGCAGUCUCAUAAUGGAUCAGCUGUUUAGUAAUUAUUAGGAUGGUGGUUGGUGUUGAAGAUGUAAGUUCAUGAUAAACUGCUUUGUUAGUUUUUUUGUUUGCAUAGGAACAAGCAGCUGCUUGUCUAAACUGCUUUUCAUGGUAACAUGACAAGCUGCUUUUUUUGGCUUAUUAUCUUCAGGAGCAAGAAAACAGAGAGACUGAUAACAGGAACUUGUUUUGUGGACGUUCCACAACAUUAAAUGUAAUUAUAAAUGCUUGUCAGGUCAUUAAUUUAUAAAUAAAAAAAAUUUUAACUUUUGGCAAAUUUCUGUGAUAUAAGAGAAAUAAAACAUGCUGUUAUUGGAAAAUAACUUCAGGGUGGUAAAGGCAUCCGCUUUGCAUUGGGCUGCAUCACACCACACCGUUGUUGAUUUAUUUUCCUAUAGUAACAUGCCUCAUUAUGUUUUAUUCCAUACAUAUGUUAGAGCUCAGGACUGUACAUUUAUACUUUUUCAAGAAGAGAGAAAUCCCAAAUCAGAAAUCCAGAGAAUUAGUUAAAAUAACAUUGGAACAGACCAUACAGUUUAAUGGAAAAGUUGGACUAUUGUCAUUAGGAAAAAAGGCAUGCAGAACAGCGUGCAGCACAUGCGUCGCUUCCUGUUAUGCCCAAUUACCACUUAUUCACUCUGUCCAUGGCUGAGAGAGAAUAAUAUUCUCGUUAGUGACGCUACCAAUGAUGCUUGAUGACACAUGACAGACAGAAAGCCUAAUGAGUGAUUGAGCACUCUGUUUUAACCAUAGCUAAUUAAAUUUCUGCAGGCUGAAAAGAUGCUUAGCUUUUAUAAUCCGAUGAUGUGACCUCAUGCUGUUAGAUUAUGUGUUGACUUCAAAAAUAAGUUAUGGCAUGUGUGUGUGUUUACAGGUUCUGAAUAUUAUCACCUGUAGUUGAAGUACUAGUUUGAUUGUUAAGACUGAAUCACAUUUGUAAUGAAAAGCAGGUAUUACUUUAUCUAAUGGUGUUUUUUUUUUCACUAUUAAUAUCUUAGCCUACACAAACUGACAGUUUUUAUUCCUUGUGAUAAUGAACCAUCUGUAAUACCUAACAAACUUAAUGUAUUGUUGGUCUAAAAUUGUGUUCUGAGUUUUGUCCUUAGGGUAUACAAACUUUUACACUUGACUAUACACUGUUCUACUUAGUUCUGGGGUUCUUACCUAGGGACCUUCAGGAGAUCAUUAAUCACAUGAGUGUCUUUUUUGUAGUGUUUGUUAUAUAAAACAUACCCUAGAUGAGGUGAGAUACUAGAUUCUAGGUGAGAUUGCUUUAACACUUGUCUAAGCCUUAUAUAAAUACAUUUGCAUAAUUCAACAGUUUUAAUGAAUUUUAUGCUCUAUCUCGCAGUUUCUUCUAAACAGGUAUUUACAGUGAGCUUAGUAAUAUUAGUCUGCAGCUGAAAUCACUUCCUGUCUUUCAUACCCUGUACUCUGCCACUCUUAUUAAAGGAAAUUAAAUAAUAAACUAUUACUAAUCUAUCUUGAAAUGAUAUGAUCAUUCAUAAGAUUACAUCAUGCAUCAGUCAGUUGGACUGCUGCCAUUUUUUUUUUGAAAAUGCACAUUGUUUUAAGUAAUUUAUACCAGAGUUGUUAAAUGGGACAAGCUGGUAUAUGAAUGUCUCCUAUGCUCUUGUAAAUACAGUAUAUUAUAUGGAUGGCCAGUGUGAUAGUAUAGCGUCACACACUGCGUUUAUUGUGGUGUGUCAGGAUUUGCAUCAGGGCAAGAGGGAAUGACUCGCCAUGUGGGCCUGUCUCUUUAAAGUUGUCAGGGUGGGAGGAGCUUCCUGAGGAAACAGGUGUGUGUUGAUAGGGAUGAUGUCAUUGUUUCUGGAUCACCUGGAAAAACUUGCAUGAAGACUGCUGGCUGGUGACACACACGAGACAGCUGCUAGACGCUGAUCACCUGCCAACCUGCUAUCUGUUGAAGUGUGAAUAUUCACACCCUGCUGAUGUGUUUACAAGUGAGGGAGAGACAAGACGCUGACCUCUUCUCCCACAAAAAUAUACUGGAAAUUCCAGCGGCCGUUUCGGACUGUGACGGCCAAAGUGGAGAUUAGAACACCCCCCACAAACCUGAGACCCACUGCACAAAAGUCUGUGAGAUUCACAAACAAGGCCUCAGAGGUAGGGUGCAGAUGAGAGAGGUGUGAAAAGUAGAGGACGAGUGUGUAAGUCGGCCUGGGACAACUCUAUUGAAAUUCAUGAUUUUUUUCCCCCUACCCCUUGGUGAUGCUUUAUAAGCCUGAAACUCAGAGCAAGCCAAGGAAUUAGGUCAUGCUAGCCCAUGAAAGAGCUCUUUUUGGACAUUUUAUUCUCGUCUUGUCUGUUUUGAGAGUAUGACCCUGUGGUUGGUGUUACUGGGACAGACUGGUUACUGAAAGCCAAUUCCACCAUGUCCUGGAAAAGGAACUACUUUGCGUCAGGCAGCAGUGGGCUGCAGGGCAUCUUUACCCCACGCACCAUGACCUCCAUCGCUCCCAGCAAAGGGCUCAGCAAUGAGCCAGGACAGAACAGCUGCUUCCUCAACAGCGCUCUGCAGGUCCUCUGGCACCUGGAUAUUUUCCGCAGAAGCUUCCGGCAGCUAACCACUCACAAGUGCAUGGAGGACUCUUGCAUCUUCUGUGCUCUCAAGAGCAUCUUUGUGCAGUUUCAGUACAGCACAGAAAAAGUGUUGCCCUCUGACGCUCUGCGAACGGCUCUGGCCAAGACCUUUCAGGAUGAGCAGCGCUUCCAGCUGGGCAUCAUGGACGACGCUGCUGAGUGCUUUGAGAACAUCCUCAUGCGUAUCCACUUUCACAUCGCUGAUGAGAGCAAGGAGGACAUCUGUACGGCAAAACACUGCAUUCCACACCAGAAGUUUGCCAUGACGCUCUUUGAGCAGUGUGUGUGUGGGAGCUGUGGGGCGUCAUCAGAUCCUCUGCCCUUCAUUCAGAUGGUGCACUACAUCUCCACCACCUCUCUGUGUAACCAGGCUGUAAAGAUGUUGGAGUGCAGGGAGAAACCAACUCCUGACAUGUUUGGGGAACUGCUGAGAAACGCCAGCACUGUGGGAGACCUGCGCAACUGUCCUGGUAAUUGUGGAGAGAAGCUCCGUAUUCGUCGUGUGCUCAUGAACUCUCCUGAGAUCAUCACCAUCGGCCUGGUGUGGGACUCGGAAAACUCUGACCUCGCCGAGGAUGUCAUCCACAGUCUGGGCACCAUCCUGCGUCUCGGAGACCUCUUCUCCAGGGUGACGGAGGAGAAGGCCAGGCAGGCAGAGCUCUACCUAGUGGGCAUGGUGUGUUACUACGGCAAACACUACUCCACCUUCUUCUUCCAGACCAAGAUCCGGAAAUGGAUGUAUUUCGAUGAUGCACAUGUGAAAGAGAUCGGGCCGAAAUGGAGGGAUGUGGUGUCUCGUUGUAUAAAGGGCCAUUACCAGCCACUCCUGCUGCUCUACGCUGACCCCCGUGGCACACCCGUGUCUGUGCAGGACCUACAAUCUCGCUUGGACCUUCACCAAUACACCAAAACCUACUACGACAGCGAGGACUCUGGUCGUGAGCCGUCUAUUUCGAGCGACACACGGACAGACUCGUCGACAGACAGCUACAGCUAUAAACACUCCCACUCGCACCACGAGUCCAUGGCCUCACACUUCUCGUCAGACUCCCAGGGAACCAUCGUGUGCAACCCCGAAAACGCCGCAUCACACAGCAGUCUGGAUACUACAGGCCCUUUGACUGACAGUGAGCCUGCUCAGCGUCACACGCCUAAAAAAAGUGGGACCACAGAUAGGAAGAGUGGAGUCGUGGACAGGAAAAGGAGUACCAGCCGACCCCGUCGAUUUGAUGAGAGAAGUCGAGCCUCAAAGACUGAUGAGGUGUCUUCUGCAGGAUACCACAGUGAGGGUGAGACCCUGAAAGAGCAACAGGUCCCUCGGGGCACUUCUAAACCCUGCUCGAGCCGUUUGCGAGACUUUAAGGAGAGCAUGAGCAGCAUCAUCCUGAACCGGCCGCUAUCCGCCGACAGCACUAGCAGCGAGUCCAGGUCCAGCUCCGGUGGAGGACGCUACAGGCCAGCCUGGAAACCACGCCGAGACACUCUCAACAUCGACAGCAUCUUCAGCAGAGAGAGACGCCGGCUGCAGGCCGGCUACGCUCCAUUGGGCACUGUGUUGCCUGAGGAUCCCAGCCACCAGGGGGCACUGACAGGCUCACUGGAUCAAAUGAGUUUUGGUGCCAGUUCUUCAUCUAGGACGCUACCAUCAAUUCAGGGCAAGAGGAUGGAACCUCCUCGGCUCAUCCAGAGGAUGGAGAGUGGGUAUGAAAGCAGUGAGAGGAACAGCAACAGUCCUGUGAGCCUGGACAUCCCCAUUAAUGAGGGAGCUGUGAAUGGAUCACACAGUGUAAAAGACGCAGGUUUGAUGAAGCCACCCUCCGGUGUGGGCCCUGCAUGGAAGAGUGUACAGAAGUCGAAAAGCAGCAGUUCCCUCCUGCAGGAUGUCAAAGCCUCCAUCAGAGGAACCAGUCAUAUGAGUUUAGCUUCAGAGGGCCGAAGCGAGCUGGACGAGCUCCAGGAGGAGGUGGCACGCAGAGCAAGAGAGCAGGAGCUGCAGAGGAGGAAGGAGAAAGAGAAAGAAGCAGCUAUGGGCUUCAACCCCAAACCCAGCAAGUUCAUGGACCUGGAUGAACUGCAGAACCAAGGUAAAGGGGACGGCUUUGAGAGGUGUGUGCUGGACGCUGAAGCUCUGUUAGAUCAGUCUCUGAGACUGGAACAGGCAGGCGAGGUCGCUGCCGCACUCUCUGUGGUAAACGAAGCCAUGUCCAAACUCAGGCAUGCCUUGCAUGAGGGCAGUGCUAACGGGCAGGGCAGGACAGUGGCUGAGGCCCGACUACAAAAGUGUAUGAGGAGGGGGCGAGGCCUGCAGCAGCGCAUGCAGCAGCAGGAGAAGCAGCAGCAGCAGCAGCAGCAAGAGGAGAAGGAGAGGGAGGAAGAGCAGGAGAAAAAGCUGCCUAUCAGUGAACAGCCUGUCAAGAUCCAAAUACUUCUGACAGAUGCUCAAGAGAAGGUUGUGGAUGCGCUCUCAGAAGCUUCCUUAGGCCCACCAUUGUCAUCCCCCAUAAUGCCCCAUUCCCCUACUCCAUCCACUCCUGAUCUCUCCCACUCCUACUUCAGAGAGAGCCCUGAACAUCUUUCAUCCAUCGAUAACAGACAGCAUCAGCACUCUCACUCAGACUCACAGGAGCGUUCCCCUGCCUCUGCCCGCACAACCUGUAAACCCAGUGCCAGCUCUGUGUCUAUGUUCACAGUAAACGGCGCUCCCCAGAUGCCUUUGCCAGCCAGAGACAGACCCGAAUCUCACACGCAUGGGCACGAUCAUCACCCACCUGUGUCCCGGAGCUUCAGUGUACCUCGCUCUUCCUCUUCCUCUGACCACUACAGCUUAGAGGAGAAGCCGCAGAUGCUCCACUCACAACAGUCAUCAUUCUUCAACCCUCCGCCAUCACAGCGCCCCAAUACCACUCCACCUACGCAGAGGUCCAUGUCAUCUUCACCUUCAUCCCCCUGCCUCAUGCGACGCUCCACCUCACCGGCCAGGCCCAUGCCUGUAGAGCGCUGGGCUGAAAACGUCACCAGAUACUACAAUUCCCAAAAUGCUUCGCAGCCUUGUGGCUCGCCCUGUGAAGAGUUGUCUGAACUCGACUCGCUCUACAGAGCCAGCUUGCGGGCUCCCAGCAAACCACGAGGCUCUUGCGGGCCCAGUCCACACCCCACCGGGAGACAAGGUCCUGCUGCAGCACGCAGACUCGCAUCUGGACACUCAGGCUCACUUGGCCGCUCCAAAACACCCACUGCUGAGAUCGAGAGGAGUGCUUACAGGACACCAGAAUACAUCAGCACUCCUGCACACAGACCUGUUACGCCUACGGUGUGUGACGUACCAGUGGGUGAGGAUCAGAUGUACAGUGCUGAGAAUCUGCGUCGUAUCGCUCGCAGUCUGAGUGGCACCGUCAUCAGAGGACGAGCCGAAAACCUCGUUCCUACUCGCAGCUUUGAUUCUCCUGCUUCGAGAAUUAAGCAUGUGGACCCUCGAUUGAACCCACGCCACUCCAGCAACUCCCUGCAUGCCGCACCCGUUACCCACAAUCCUUCAGUUUUCACCCACCACCCUGAGCACCAGUACCUGCACCCACCUCAGCAGCAACCUCCCCCUCAACCUCCGUUGCAGCGGCCCACUCGAGGACACCCAGUGUCUGCAGGAGAUCCCCACAAAGUCGACAGGUUUCUGGCUGUGCUUGACCGGGGUGAAGCUCUUGCCCACAACAGCUCCCACAGUGUGGCGAUGAGCUACGGCACUCUUCCUCGGGCGCCUCGGAGAACGGCUCCUUCUGUGCCGUCCACGCCUCAGGCCAGAGUCGGACUAGCUGCUCGCCCUGAGGCCUGGAACUACACAGAUCCCCGCUAUGCCACCCUGGCUCACUCAGGCCGCUCAGCGCCUGCUAGCAGACCUGUGGACAUUUCUCAGCACCAACCUCAACGUGCCAGCUUACCCAGACAGCCACUGUCUGUGCCCACUGCUCAGCCCAUGCGUAUGGAUAUGCCACCAGAGGGAGUCUGGAGGACUUCUCCUUACAGAACGGGUCAUCCGGAUGGCCAGGCGUUCAGAGCCCAACGUGGUUCCCACAUGCAGCUCUGUUCCCUGUGCCAGAAGUCUCCAGCUGAGCCCAUGGGCAAGUACUGCCAGGCCUGCAUUGCCUACAGAAAUCGCUACAGGCAGGCCAACUAAGCAGAGUGGCGCACCACUUCAUGGAAAUGCCAGCUUCAUGUGCAUGAUCACUUCUCAUACAUACAUACAUGCAUACAUACAUCUACAUGAGGAUGAGUGAGAAUGAAGGAGAGUCAUACACCAGCCCACUUCUUUUUUUUUUCUUUUUUCCCCCCCACUUACUGCAUUCAUCUCCUUCAACCUGCCCUGUUAGUUGAGUCCUACAUUUACACACUUUUUUGUUGAUGAAGAAUGGCCUCUAACUGAAGGUGUGAUGCUUCACAUCUGCACUGUGCGUGUCAUGCCGGCUGAAGACUGUUUUAGACUCUGGAUUUAGACUUCUUGGUUGUGUUUUAUCGACUUAACCCAAUGGGAAGAACUUAAUCCAUUCCUUGAAUGACCUGCCAAUGUGAUUGGUAUUUAACUACAGUGUUUUGGUAAGAGUGAAUUUUUUAUGAGGACACGAAGCACAAAUUCAAGACAAGACUGAGACAGAGCUUACUAUUUUUGGAUUACUGAACCAUAGGCCUGGAUUAUAUAACUGACACUUCCUCAUUUUAUUAUAGAGUUCUGAAUAUCACCUUGCAUACUAGAAUAAGCAGAGUGAAGUAAAUUAUAAGAAAACGUUUAGAAAUUAUUGUGAAUAGCAGUGGAGUAGAAAUGUUGCACUGUGAUGAGAAGUGAAGAGAGAACAUUUUCAUUUGUUUUUCUGUUCUAGUUUCAUGACAUGCCAAGUGGCUCACUGAAAAGCACUCCUGACAUAAUUGGAUUGUCUAUUUCAGUGUAAAAAUACAGAAACACUUGUCACAUGAAUUAAUAUCUAAGGGUUUUACAGGGAAAGGCAUUAUAAAAUAUUUUAAAAUAAAUCUGAAAAAAAUCAGUGUUAAAGUCACAAACAUGCCAGGUACAGCAGUUCAGAAUAACACCUGAAACUUUUUUUCUCAGCCUUAAUGCUGAUGAAAGGUCUGAGUUUGUUAAAGGUAAAACAUAUCUGUUUCUGUCUUAAAAAUUUACACUGCGUCUGGCAGGUAUUUUUUAUUAAUCUCUGCAACGUAACCGAAAUCAAAACUGUGAAGUGAGCUGAGAAUUUUGCAUCAUUCUUUAAAAAACCUAAUGCACAAAGCUAUACUUUGAUCACAGCCCAAUUUACUCAGAGCAGCAUUACAAUAUACAGCCAGAAGAUGCUACUGAAUACUUCAGUAUUUAGGAUUUAAUCAUUUAAUCAUUUAGAUUUAGUCCAUUUAUGCAACCGCAUGGCUUAAAUAGCUUCAAUUAAAGAAGUGCUCUCUCUCUCUCUGCUGCCUGAGAGGUAGACUUACCUGAUUUCCCUUUCUCCCCAGUUGACCCCGCCCCCUAUUCUGAAACUAAGUAUGCCUUGUGAGUUGCCUUUAAAGGAAAAUGGACAGAGCCGAGCAAUUCUGUUCCAACUGCACCGGAAAAAUAAAGACAGAACUCUGCAACAAACAAACUAGCCCAAUCCAUUGCACUGUAAUUUCACGAAUCUUUUUUUUUAUUUUAAGGUACCUUUUACAUUAUAGGUCAGGAGACAUAUAAUAUCACCAACUGCAUUUUCAAACAUAUUUAGGAGGGUUAAGUACAUCCCUUGGACCUAGAAGUAUAUCUUUCUUAAUUGGAAUGGAUAGAGUUUGUAUCUUAAUACAUUAUCAAAAGAUACAAAAAGAUACAAAAUACAUUUAAAGAAGGUAUUGCAAUAUAAUUUACAGCUGAUUUGAUGCAGUAGGAUAUGACUCAGUUUGGUUUUAAUGCAAAAGUUGCACUGGAGUCAGGAGGGAGAGAAAUUCAUUUCAUAAAGGAGAAUUUACUGAUAUAUAGAUGCCUGUAUUGAUUCAUUUAAAAUUUUUGCUCGAUACACACGGUUUUGACCCGGUGCAGAGAAUCUAUACAACAUUACUCUAAAUGUGUGGUGGUCUGGGGAAAACCCAUCAGAUGUGACUGGCUGAAUUCUGGCAAACAGCCAAAAUGAUGGAACUAUGUAGAAUUUUUUUUACUUGUUCUAGAUAUCUACAGAGAUCAUGUAGCACAAGAAGCCAGUUCAACAAACAUGGCAGUAAAAAUCAGUCUACAUAAAGAUGUCUAAAACCUUACUAGUUUUUACAUAAGCCUAAUCAGUUCAGACUAAAAUCAGAUGCUCGCUGUCAAAAUAUCCAUGAUGCUCCUACACUGCAGUGAAUUAAAUAUUUAAAUAUAAUUUUCUUUUCACUUUUGACAGUAACCAACUGUUAAUUAUUACUUUACUUGUGGUUGAGAUAUGUGCAAAAGUGUACUGAACUCUAUAUAGUAGAAAUGUCAUAACGUGAAGUGUUUUCUCAGGCCACCACACAAAUAUUAUCCCAUCCAACUCAGUAUUUCAUCUUGUCCCAUAUCAGAACACGUUGCACUUAACAGGCAUGUCGUGGUGGAUUUAGUGAGCCGUAACCACUAAAUAAAUGCUUUAAAAGUUAUACAGUGAUGCUUAAAAACUGCAGCUACAGUUGAUACAAAAUGUAUAUGCAGUGUCGCAAGGCCUGUGUUCCUAUAACUUAAUGCCGUAUACUAGCCUGAGUUUUGUGAUUUUAACUAUGUUAACACUGGUUUAGUGCACUUCACAAGUGUUAAGUUAGAAAGUGUAACUCUGUUGUAAUGUACAUUUCCCAUAAUUAUGGGAUAUUUCAAUGUUUAUAUGUGUAACUGCAUAAUCUAUAGAUCUAUAUCUUAAAUUUAGUCAUAUAUAGUUUUCUAUGCUGUACUGAUACUCAAUAUAUAUCAGUAUUUUCCUGAAGUAAUGACCUCUAAAAGUGUGAUUAUACACUUACUUACAGUUAUAAGGCUGUGGAAAUGAUAGUGGCACUUGGCUUGUUCAGUUUCUGUCCUCGCAAUCAGUGGGACAUGAGAGCAGAGACACACAAACUUUAGCAACCAGGGACUCCUGUUGGUUUUGGCCCCAAAACCCGCCUUUAUAUAGUUUUGCAGUGGUUCUUAAACGUUGUGCAGCCAGGGACCCCUUAAACUGUAAAAUAAAUUCCACACACCCUCAUAAGUACAGAUUUAUUUCAUGAACACAAUCCUUUUAUUCAAAUAUUAGAUAAAUAUAAAUACCUAAAUAUUAUUAAUUAUGUACAGUAAUAUUAUGACCAUUUUGGAGCCUUUAUAUUGCUGAAUCAUUAUUGAGCACAUUAGAUUCAAGCUGACAUUAUUUAUAGGCCAACUUUUGGCUUAUAGACCUCUUUGCUGUUGUGAAAAAAAGACGCAUGCGCAACCUGAUUGCAAAAAGACCCGAGUAGAUUAGUAAUCUGACGCUACUCUUAUAUUCUUCUAUGCUAUAAUCUGAAUGAAGAACUUAUUAUUAUGGAUUAGCACUAAAAGACAGACUAAAAGAAUGCUAUUCAGCUAUGCUGUUAACUCUAGAUGAUCCUUAUGGCUUGCCUCUGACUAAAUGGCUAAAUGAUGCAGUGAUCAAGUCUGCAAUGGCUGGAUAUACUGUAUAUACAUAUCUCAUAAAAGCUCUGUACUAUACUAGAGAGAAAUGAAUGUAGGCAUGCAAGUCUCUUGAUGCUUACAGCUUUGUUGUAUGUGAUUAAUGAUGAUGUGGCACUGAAAGCCACAGUACUGCCCAGCCAGAUGCCAUAAACUGAACAAAGUUAGUUAGCUAAAUGUGUCCAUUAUAGGCAAAUCCUCAGUAAGAACACAACCUAGCUAUCUAGUGUUGGUUAGCUAGCUUUUGAUGUAAAAUUUAGGCGAGUUACUUAGAUUUGUAUAAGGAAUAUAAAUUGGGCAUGUUAGCUAACUAGCAAGCUAAGUCUGUUAAACCAUUCAGUUAGUAAACCAGCUUCACUGAUAUGAUAGAUAGCGACUUAGCUGAGAUGAAAUGGGGAUUACAAACAUGGAGGUUCUCAGACCAAUUAUCCCUCCUAAUUGCAACCGUCUUCUGUUGGCUUGGAAAGGUGUUCGAUUGGAUAGUAUGUGGGGGAAAAACAACAAAUGUGUUCAUGAAUGCUUUUCUGAUUCUGACACCCAAUAGCAUGACACGACAUUUUAGCACUGUCCAUUUAGCACUGUCCUGCUAUGUUUUUGCAAUCAGGAGGCGUGGCUGACGUCAGUGACAUGUCUCACUCAGUGGUCUACUGAUGUUUGGAUUAUACACAAUUAAUUCAUGUGGCCAAUCAAACAGGUUAAUAACUAAGAACUCAUUAAUAAAUAUAAUAGCUUUUAUAAAGGUGGGUUGUAAUUUGCACCACAGCAAAAAAAAAAAAAAAGCCCUGGCUAUGCUUCGCGUACCCCACUUUGAGAACCACUGGUUUAUAGAAAUAUGUUUUAUGAAGGUGUAAAUGUGAAAAUUUUCUAAAAAGGUAAACAGUCUGAGAGAAGUCGCUGAAUGCUGGAUUCUUUACUCGUAAAAUUUGUAAUCUUUGAAAUGACGUCGGUAAAUGCAUUUACGUGUUCAGUAAUGGUAUGAAAGCAUUAUGAAUCUAACUGAACUUAAAAAUUUGUCUAGUUUUUCCUGAGUUACAUUUAAAAAAAAAAAAAAAAAAAAAGUCUAAUUUUGUUGUCUGGAGGUGAGUAUUUUUGCAUUGCUCUUGCUAUUUUAGACACUUUUUUGGUCCAAGAAGUUUAACAUGAAGUUGAGUUUUGCCAGAUUUAUUGGAUACAGUACUGUAUGCAGUAGUCAGCUGUCUGUUCCUUUUUCUCUUUAUUUUUUACGGAAAUGAAGUGAAACAGACAGCAAAAAAAGAAGUGAACGAUGUAAAUACAUAUGUAUAUACAGAUAUUCAUAGAUUUCAGUCUUGAACAUGGAGAUAAUUCUAGUUUGAACCUUGUUUGUAAAUGCUGUGGUAGAAAAUGGAGCUGGUAUUUUUGCAAUAAAGCGAUAUUGUGCUCUAGUGAGGAGCGAAACAGAAA